CCAGAACUUCGCCAAUCGCCACCCAAAAAGCCGCUGGCCCGUAACGCAACGUCCCCUCCCCCCCCUCUCUCUCUCUCUCACUAUCUCACUCUCUCUUUUGGUUCUCUAUUUUUCUCUCUCUUAUCAGAGGGGAAAAGUGGAAGCAAAAUUUUGAUUUCAAAAAGAGCGAACGAAACCCUAGGAAGAAGAAGGAGAAGUUGAAAACUCUGGAAGGAGCGAAGCAGUGAAAAAUUGAAGGAAAAUCCAAAAUUAGAAAACCCGACGCGAAUCACUGCGAUUAAGUCGGGUGCAUUAAUCAAUCAAUACCUCAGAGUGUCGUGCAUUUUCGUGAAAAUUUAUUAUUUUCUCUGCAAGUUUUGGUUGCAUGAGUGGGGGGUUAUAAGCGCAAGUGCUCUUAUAUUCGGAUUCGCAUUGAUAUAUCCGGCUGCUCCCACCUUGUCAAAAUGGUUGCCACUGCCGCCACCUCGGCGUUCUUCCCCGCAGCGUUUCCAUCUCCGGCUUCAUCGAAAACGUCAAUGAUGCUUGGAGGUUCGGACAAUUUGGAUACCCGUGGUAUCAAUUCAAAAUCUGCUUCUUCUGGUGGUUUGCAGGUUAAGGUGAAUGCCCAAGCUCCUCCUAAGAUCAAUGGGACCUCUGUUGGUCUGACUUCACCGAUGGAAUGCUUGAAGACUGAGGAUGAUACACCGUCUCCGCCACCAAGGACGUUUAUUAAUCAGUUGCCUGAUUGGAGCGUGCUUCUUGCAGCCAUCACAACCAUCUUCUUGGCAGCUGAGAAGCAGUGGACGCUUCUUGAUUGGAAGCCAAGGCGACCUGAGAUGCUUGUUGAUGCAUUUGGUCUCGGGAGGAUUGUACAGGAUGGGCUUGUUUUUCGGCAGAAUUUUUCAAUUAGGUCAUAUGAAAUAGGUGCUGAUCGGACUGCGUCUAUAGAGACGGUGAUGAACCAUUUACAGGAAACAGCGCUGAAUCAUGUUAGGUCUGCGGGACUCCUUGGUGGUGGUUUUGGUUCAACACCGGAAAUGAGUAGAAGGAACCUUAUAUGGGUGGUUACUAAAAUGCAGGUUGUGGUGGAACGCUAUCCUAUUUGGGGUGAUGUUGUUCAAGUGGAUACAUGGGUUGGAGCAUCUGGAAAGAAUGGGAUGCGGCGAGAUUGGCUUCUUCGCGACUCCAGUACUGGUGAAACACUCACACGAGCUACCAGUGUGUGGGUAAUGAUGAAUAAGCAAACAAGAAAGUUAUCAAAAAUUCCGGAGGAGGUCAGAGGGGAGAUAGAACCUUUUUAUAUUGACUCUGCUCCUAUUCUGGAAGAGGAUAGCAGAAAGUUACCAAAACUCGAUGACAACACAGCCGAUUAUGUCCGCAGCGGUUUGACUCCUCGAUGGAAUGAUUUGGAUGUCAAUCAGCAUGUGAACAAUGUGAAGUACAUUGGUUGGAUUCUCGAGAGUGCUCCAGUUUCGAUCUUGGAGAAUCAUGUGCUGUCUGGCUUGACGCUGGAGUACAGGAGGGAAUGUGGCAGGGACAGUGUGCUGCAGUCCCUGACCGCUAUCUGCGGGGAUGUUGCAGGUGGAUCGGCUGAUGCUAACGGCGUUGAGUGCGAGCACCUGCUCCGUCUCGAGAGUGGGGCCGAAAUUCUGAGGGCCAGGACUGGGUGGAGGCCGAAAAACGCCAAUAACUUGGAUGAUGUGGGCGAAAUUCCAGCGGAAAGCGCAUAGUGUAUUACCAUUUACCAACAUCGCGGCCUUGAUUAGCAAAGUUAAUAUUAAUUUGCUGCAUCAUAUUCUCCUCUCCAAUUACCUGUGUAGAAUCUUUCCUUGUGACCUCAGAUAUAUAUAUAUAUAUAUAUAUAUUUUUUUUUUUCUGAUUGUUUUUUUGUUAUUGUCUUUAUAUUAUUCGUCUUUUUUUUUUUUUUUUAUCAAAAGGCCUCCUCCGGCCAUGUAAUUAUUGCUGCUGGAUGUAUUUUCAGUUUCUUCA